AUGGAAGCUAGCAGAAAGUCUUCAUUGAAGCCUUGGAAGAAAGGGCCAACAAGGGGAAAAGGUGGCCCCCAGAAUGCUUCAUGUGAGUAUAGAGGUGUUAGACAAAGAACAUGGGGCAAAUGGGUUGCUGAGAUAAGAGAGCCAAAGAAGAGAACCAGACUCUGGCUUGGUUCUUUUGCAACAGCUGAAGAAGCUGCCUUGGCUUAUGAUGAAGCUGCAAAGAGACUCUAUGGACCUGAUGCUUACCUUAACCUUCCCAACAUGCAAAAACCAAGAUUUAGUUCUACCAAAUGCCAUCAAAAGUUCAAAUGGUUUCCUUCCAAGAACUUCAUUUCCAUGUUUCCUUCACAUGGAUCACUCAAUCUAAAUGCUCAACCAAGUGUUCAUGUAAUCAAUCAGAGGCUGCAAGAGCUUAAGCAGAAGAAAGGGGUUGUAAUUCAACCUCACUCUAGUUCAUCCAGUGAUGCAAAGGUAGAAGAAUUUGAACAUACUGGUAGCAAAAAUCAUGUAAAAAUUCCUCCACAAGAAGAAGAUGUUCAAAUUUCAUCAGAAAAAAAGCUUGAAGAUGAUCUUCAGGAGAAGCCCCAGAUAGACCUACAUGAGUUUCUUCAACAGAUGGGAAUACUUAAAGAAGAAAAAGAGUCAGAAAAGGCUGACAGUUAUGGAAGUUCAACAGUAUCUGAAGCUGUGUUUGAUGACAUGAGUGUUAACUGGGAGGCAUUGAUUGAUAUGAAUGACCAUGGAGUUGUAGAUAAUCAUGAAUCAGAAGCCUUCCAGUUUGAAGCAUAUGACAUAAACGAUGAGCUUACUUUCUCCACUUCAAUUUGGAACUAUUAA